GGUGGAGGUCAAGCACAAGGACGGCUGGGCUCAGAUCUGUGACGUGGGAUGGACCGUCAAGAACACCCGCGUGGUCUGCGGCAUGCUGGGAUUCCCRCAUGAACGGAAGGUCAACAAGAACUUCUACAAACGUCUGACAAAGCGAGCUGCUGAGAAGGCCUCCAGUCCAAAGGUCUCAGCUGCUGGAAGGCAGCCAUCCAAAGCUAAAGCUAGCUCUAUGUCUAAACAGAGCAACCGCAGGAAAAGGUUGUACCUGGAGCGGCAGAAGAACCUGUACCUGCUCCGCUCUGUGGCGUGUUUGGGGUCAGAGGUCCACCUGGCGGCCUGCCCCCUAGAGUUCAACAAGCCCAACGCCACGGCAACCUGCACCGGCGGCAUGCCCGUCGUUGUGAGCUGCAUGCCCGGCCCGCUGUUCAUGCAGAACAGCUCUCUGAAAAAGAAAGUUAAAGUCUCGAGCAACGUGAGGCUGAAGGGCGGCGCCAGGUUGGGGGAAGGUCGGGUGGAAGUGCUCAAAGACAACGAGUGGGGGACGGUGUGCGAUGACCGCUGGAGCCUGCUGUCCGCCAGUGUCGUGUGCCGGGAGCUGGGCUUCGGCAGCGCCAAGGAAGCUCUGACGGGAGCCCGCAUGGGACAAGGAAUGGGUCCGAUCUACAUGAACGAGGUGAAGUGUGUCGGGAACGAGAAGUCGAUCUGGAACUGCCCGUUUAAAAACAUCACGGCGGAGGAUUGCCAGCACAUGGAGGACGCCGCCGUUCGCUGCAACAUCCCGUACAUGGGCCUGGAGAACUCGAUCCGGAUAGCGGGCGGCCGAAGCAGCUACGAAGGUCGGGUGGAGGUUCAGGUUGGGUCCAAGUGGGGCACAGUGUGCAGCACAGGCUGGACGACGAAGGAGGCCAUGGUGGCCUGCAGGCAGCUAGGGCUCGGCUACGCCAUGCACGCCGUCACCGAAACCUGGUACUGGGACAGCAGCAACGUCACAGAGAUGGUGAUGAGCGGCGUGAAGUGCACAGGAAGUGAGAUGGCUCUGAGCCAGUGCCAGCAUCACAAAACCGUCAACUGCCAGAAAGCGGCCGCAAAGUUUUCAGCAGGAGUCAUCUGCUCAGAGACCGCCUCCGACCUCGUCCUGAACGCCUCCCUGGUGGAGCAGACGGUCUACAUCGAGGACCGUCCUCUGCACAUGCUCUACUGCGCCGCCGAGGAGGACUGCCUGUCCAAGUCUGCGGCCAAAGCCAACUGGCCGUACGGACACCGGCGGUUGCUCCGCUUCUCCUCCCAGAUCCACAAUGUCGGCCGGGCCGACUUCAAGCCCAAAGCCGGGCGCCACUCCUGGGUGUGGCACGCCUGUCACGGCCACUAUCACAGCAUGGAUGUCUUCACCCACUAUGACCUGCUGAACGCCAACGGCAGCAAAGUGGCAGAGGGCCACAAAGCCAGCUUCUGCUUGGAGGACACAGAAUGUCAAGAAGGUGUUUCGAAACGAUACGAGUGUGCCAACUUUGGCGAUCAGGGCAUCACGGUCGGUUGCUGGGACUUGUACCGCCAUGACAUUGACUGCCAGUGGCUUGACAUCACAGACGUCAGACCUGGAAACUACAUCAUGCAGGUCGUGAUCAAUCCGAAUUACGAAGUGGCCGAGAGCGACUUCACAAACAACGGCAUGAAAUGCAACUGCAAAUACGACGGACACAGGAUUUGGCUCCACAACUGUCACAUCGGCGACGCGUUCAGUGAGGAGGCAGAGAAAAGAUUCGAGAAAUACCCCGGACAGAUAAACAACAGGAUCUCCUAACUGUAGACGGCGCCUACAUUGUGGGACGGAUGAAUAAAAAUAUGCCUCCGUAUUUCUAUUUGUUUUCAGGUGCUUACAUGACUCCCUAUAUUAUUUCCUCAUAGUUGUGUUUUUAUACUUGAAUAUUCAAGUGGUUAUGAUUAUGUCCUCUAGUUUAAUGUGAGUUUGUACUUCCUUUUUUUUUUUUUUUUUUUACAAAUUCAGAUUUUAUAGUUUUACAGUCGAUGUUUGACACAAUGUGCAGUCCUCUAUUGAAUGUUUUAGCUGCAAGGCCUGAAUGAAGCUUUAAUGUUUUGGUUUUAAACGUAUAACCAGAUUUAUUUGCCUUUAGUAUGCAGAGUCCAAACAUGGAACCCAAUAAACUCAUAUUUAGUUUGUCUUAAGCAACCAAAACCCCAGAGAUACACUCCCUAGAAAGAUGGAAGGAGCUAAAAUACAGAAAUCUGGUUGAGUUUGUGGUUUCAACAAAAACAAAUGAAAUGGUAGAACUACUUUUUCAAGGCACUGAAACCCCAGGAAGGGAACAAAUUUACCAAGAUGCAGUUUUAUCACCAAACUGUAUGUACUGUACAACUAUUGUUGUUUUACUCCAGUAAGCAUUUUUGCUACAAUUUGAUAAGUAAUUGUGAUUUUAACGCAAAGCCUGAAUUACAAAAACAUCCAGGUUUUCCGUCUCCCAUCCCAGUUUUGGUUUUGCAAAUUUGGCCUUCUUGUAUGUUAGAACUGCUGCAAUAUUUUGUGAAUGUAUUUAUUUCCAGUAUGCGUUUAUCAGCAAGUUUUCCCUCCAGUUCAAAGCCGUGCGUCGUUCCAGGCUGGGUUUAGCUCAGCCUCGUAGUCAGACGUUCCUCUGCAUUAGCAGGAAAAAACCCUGAAGUUGUAUGUAUUGUUGAUAUAACCACACCUGUUGCAUCAAAUAAAGCUCAGUUGAAUGAUAA